CAUUUCUCUCCCCUUGCUUCAUAUCCCUCCUCCUCAUCACAAACUCUUCUCCUUUCUUCAUCUUCUUGUUUAAAGUAAUGGCAAGACUCAGUAGCUUUCUCCUUGUUAUUUCUCUCCUUUGCUUUCUCCCUCUCUGUCUCUGUCACAAGAGCUAUGGAGGCAAACUCUCCCCAGGUUAUUAUGCACAUACAUGCCCUCAAGCUGGGGAGAUAGUGAGAUCAGUUGUAGCUAAAGCUGUUGCUAGAGAGACUCGUAUGGCUGCUUCCUUGAUCAGACUUCAUUUCCACGACUGCUUUGUUCAGGGUUGUGAUGGCUCUUUGCUUCUAGACAGCAGAGGGAGGAUAACGAGUGAGAAAAACUCAAACCCUAACAGAAAAUCAGCUCGUGGAUUUGAUGUUGUCGACCAGAUCAAAGCUCAACUUGAGAAAGAAUGUCCUGGAACUGUCUCUUGCGCUGAUGCUCUCACCCUAGCCGCUAGAGACUCCUCUGUUCUUACUGGUGGACCAAGCUGGAUGGUUCCAUUGGGAAGAAGAGAUUCAAGAAGUGCAAGCUUGAGUGGUUCGAACAACAACAUCCCUGCACCAAACAACACUUUCCAGACAAUUCUCACAAAGUUUAAACGUCAAGGACUUGAUGUCACUGACCUUGUUGCUCUCUCCGGGAGUCACACCAUUGGAUUCUCGAGAUGCACGAGUUUCAGACAGAGGCUAUACAACCAGUCUGGAAACGGUCGUCCAGACAUGACACUGGAACAAUCCUUCGCUGCUAACUUGCGCCAAAGGUGUCCAAGAUCCGGAGGAGACCAGAUUCUCUCGGUGCUGGACAAGGUCAGCCCGGCGAAGUUCGACAACAGCUACUUCAAGAACUUGAUGGAGAACAUGGGUUUGUUGAACUCGGACCAGGUUCUGUUCAGCAGCAACGAUAAGUCUAGAGAGCUUGUAAAGAAGUACGCAGAGGAUCAAGGAGAGUUUUUCAAGCAGUUUGCGGAGUCCAUGAUCAAGAUGGGAAACAUCUCUCCGUUGACGGGUUCGAGUGGGGAAAUCAGGAAGAGCUGCAGGAAGAUUAACUCUUGAAUGCGUGAUAUGAGGAAAUUGAAAUAAAUAAAAACAUUUUAUGGGGAAAGAAAUGUAUGAAUAACAUUUUGCUUUAAUUUGUUUGGGAUAUGUUGUAUUUUUAUUCUAUUUGCAAUUUGAAGUUUUAUGUUGUGUUAUUUCUGCUUUGUGUUAAAAUAAGAAUGAAAUGUAUUAUUUUAACAUUGA